AUGACUUACAGGACCAAGGCAGAUGGGAAGAAAAAGCAGAAGCCGACCAAGAAACAACAGAAGGUAACCAAGAAGACACACUACAAGACUCAGCAUGGCAAGAGGAAGAUAGCACAUUCUGGAAGAAGGGCCUUCAAAGGAGGAAGCAGUUCCACAGAAAACCAGCAAAGUACAAGAACACACAUGGCCGGAGGCGUGGUGGGAGGGGAGGGGGUCGUCAGUCGGCCAGGAGAGCACCUGGUGACAAGAACAGUCAGCAGUCCAACUCAGGCUCACAGAUACAGCCAGUCCUCCGCCAGUGGUGAUGAUGGGGACCCCCCCAGAAGACCCUCCGUCACCCCUCUGCGAAGGGAACCAAGUGAUGGAGGGGGGAGAAGAGAGGAGACAGAAGAGGAAGAGUCCACUGUACCAGAGGAAGUUAUCACCACUUUGACUGCCCUGCUGAGUGAUGGUGUAGUUUUCCCUGAGCAGAACCAAGUCCAACAGUUCAUCCAGACCCUGGUGGAGUCGUACCUACACAGGCAGCACCGCGGCACAGCAAACUGGGCUUCCUGCAACUGUUCCUCCUGCAAGGUGGUCCACGGCGCCGUCAAACACGUCACAGGGUGCUCCAAACCCCCGGUGCGGUGUGAGAUCUGUGCUGCCGUGUUCCACUGCACUGUGGCCCACUCCAGGUCCUGUAACACCCGCCGCCUCUGCCCCAUCGCCUUCUGCCGCGAUGUGAAGAUCAAGCUUCACGAGGUUGAUCCAGGCCCGGUGAAAGCCAUCGUGGAGAAGCUGUGGGAUUUCCUGAAGAUCACGAUCAAACGGUCAGCACCGAGGUCUUACCAACAGCAGGGUCUGCUGUAUGGAGGUGGUGCAGAGGGCCCAGCCAGCCUUCCUGUGUUCCCGGGUUAUCAACAACUGUACGGGGAGUACAUGUCGCUACCUUACAGCACACAGCCGCCACCGUCACUGCCACCAUCAGCCAUGCUCGGUGCUCGGCCGAAGACGCUUGACGUUAGACCAGCAAGUCCUCCUCACAUGGGAAGAAACACCGUCAGGCCACCUGAACCGUCUGCCAUGCUUGGUGCCAGGCCGAAAAUGACCCAGCAACCACCACCACCACAAGCCAACGCACAAGCUGGUCCAAACAGAAAGGAGAGAAAGCUACCAGCCUGUCUCAGGCCUAGAGGAGGCAGGAAGGAGCCGGAAGUUGCCCCAGCACCCGUCGCUCCACCACGCAGGCGUCGGAAGAAAUCCACCCUCGAUUCUCAAGAAGAACAGCAGCCGCCUCCUUCACCACAAGUGGCAGAAGACGCCCCCCAGAGUCAGCCAGAAGUGCUUCCCUGCAACGUCGGACCUUUAGAGGGCUUCUGUCACGACGACUUCAGGCUUGAGAAUCCGAUCGGUCGGCGCGACGUCAAGCUUCGACCUGUAGAGGCAACACCUCGCAGUGGAAAAACCCCAGGGGCAGCAGAACCAGACGACAUUGCUCAAAACAACUGCGCCGCCGUGCACGCGUACUUCCAGGACGGAUACGAAGGGGUGACCUUCAGCGACAACGACCUACCUUGUCUGCAGAAGGGCUCAGGUGCGGAAGAAACACGGGAAGACCUCGUCGCGACGCGCGGCGACUACAUCCAGCAGCGAAGCGUGCAGAGCCUGGUCAGCUCUUCCAUCCAGGUGACGUCAUCAGUGCGGGGACUGCUUCCCUCGUACAACAACACCCUGUACAACUACAGCCAGGUGGUCGCAGCACCUCCAGACGGGCUACAAGACCAGGCAGCAGCAGCACCAGCCCUCCCUAACCGACUCUCCCAACUGGUGUCCUCCAUGCCUCUCCCGGCAGAGGCCAUCUCCAGUAUCCUGAGCAUGGUACAGCGGCCGGUGAUGCCACAGCUAGGGUCCGUGUCGGUGGUCCCACCCAGACACAUGUCCAUCUUUGCUGCACACUGGGAGCAGCUGGCAGAAGAGCUGCUGACAACCAACCGGCGGGUCACCAACCAGGAGCACGAAGGUUUCAUCCUGGACCUUCACGAGGAGAGGCUUCCGCCGCACGCCGGGCAGUUCCGCCUGGAUCAGCAGUGGUGGAGCGUGAUGGAGCUGGGCAGCGGGCGCUUCGGCACCGUGUAUCUGGGCUGCCUCGCGUCGGAGGAACAGGAGUUUAACUUUGCAGCCAAGAAGUUGGACGUGACCCAGGUGAGGCGUGAUGAGCUGGAGAUCUGCUGUCGUCUGGAUAACCCGUACAUCGCUACUCACUUCGGCGCCGUCCGCGAAGGCAGGGACAUCUACAUCUUCAUGGAGUUCCUGGAAGGCUACACUUUGGAGAACAUCAUUGACCAGUACCGAACGCUGCACCAGUACAUGGCCCUGUUCUACCUGUGUCAGGUGUUUGAAGGGCUGAGCUACCUGGAGGAGCAGAGGAUCAUCCUGGCAGAUGUCAAAGCUGCUAAUAUGAUGGUGUCAUCUGAUGGGGCUCGCCUCAAACUGAUUGACUUCGGGAUGGCUCACACCAUUCCUGAGGGGGCAGACUGGGUCGUGCCACAACGGAAUGCCUUUCCUGAGGGUACCCAGACCCACAUGCCGACGGAGGUGGCUGAGUGUAAGCCCCACAACUGUAAGGUGGACGUGUGGAGCGGGUGUUGCGUGGGGCUGCACAUGCUGAACGGCUGUCACCCCUGGAUCCGCCGCUACAGCCACGCAGCUACACUGCUGCUCAUUAUUGUUGACAAGGCAGCAGAGAUCCAGACAGAGAUUCCCUCGUCGGUCCACGAGAGUUUCCAGAGUUUGCUGAGGAUUGGUCUGGACCCCGACCCUGUCACUCGCCCUUCUGCCUCCACCAUGCUCACCAUGGCAGACGAUGCGCUGACAGAAGUUUACAGUGCUGUAGGGUCGGGACCCCCCAGUCCCACCGAGACGUCCCCCCAGGACCUGACACCCCCCUACAGUCCCCAGCUGGCCCCCCAGGUGUCAGGAGGGGGGUACGGGCCGACCACGUCCGAGCUGAGGAGGAUCAUGGAUGAUUUGGACCAGGAUGAACACGGACGCUCCCAGCCUGGUGACCUCCAGGAGCGUUGGGACAGUGAGAAGGACACGAUCGUGACCCCGGAGGAGCGGGAAGGUCAGGGGUACAGGCUGCUGAACAGGGGUGCAGGGAACAGCCACGGGGAGGGUGCACACAGGAGGGAACAGCCUAAUGGCACUGAUGAUGAGAAAGGCGGUACCCAAGAUGUGACACGAGAACCUUCAAGCUCUCAGGAUGUCACUGUGGAAGCCUUCCAUCCAGUGAGCUCCUUGGAAGAAUGCAGCAGCAGCAAUGCCCCAACAACGUCUUCAGAGAGUUCCACCCAACUGCGACGUCUUACUCCAGAGGGGAGACUGGACCUCAGAGAGCAACAGCGAUGUCCUGACAAGACAGAAGACACUUCACACCAACUCCUGAGGCAGGACAAAGCAACAGACAUCACCCAGCAGCCUGUGAAGCUCCAAGUUCUCCCUGCAGACACCACAGAGGAAGGAGAUCACAACAAAGACCAGCUCAACACAACAAACCCUGCCCUGAAAUAUCCAACUCCAAACAAACUCCCAGCCAACAACCCUGGGCAAGAAAUCAGUCAGCUACAUGUACAACAACCACCACAGCAUGCGUCUGCAGAAAUGGUGACGAGUCCCUCACAUCCACAAGAAAGCAAAGUCAGCUGCACACCAGUAGAGGUGGUUGCCUGUCUACCAGAUCCACAGCUGUCCUUCCCUGCACAGCCAGAAACCCAAACCUGCGACGCCCAAGUUCUACAUGUGCGUCAGAGCGUCACCCUUCCCUCCCAACCUCGGCUGGGGGCUGGAGCUGGUCUGUUCCUGAGUGGAGAAGAAUCCUUUGAUGACAUCUACCUGGGAGAAAUGGACAAGCACAAGAUGCCACAGGUGCUGCAAGGUGUUCAAGGACUCAGAGGAGACAGUGACACAGUGACCUCCACCGCUGCAGCAGUACCAUGCACCUGGCAGCCUGGCCCACAGUCUCUCCCUCCCCCGAUGUCUGCCGGCACACCCAGCCCCCCUCCCACCCAGCCUGCCUCCCUACAGGCGUUUGGAAAUCGCUCCCGUGUCCGUUUGGCCUGUGCCUUCUCCCACCCCCUCCACACUCCGGAUGAGAAGGAGGAGGUAGCAGCGGGCCUAGACACCCACCCAACAGCAGAAAUGAACAGCCCCCUUCUUCCACAGACCCCUCCCGAGUCACCCCCAGUUGCUGCCGCCAGCUCUCCCAGUACAGAGGGGUCGCUCACGACCCAGGGUAGCCCACGGAAAGGGUCGUUGUUUGACCUUGGGAGCCCCAUAAACGCCCCCCUCCUCACCCUUGAGAGGAAGAGCUCUAGUGGAAGCACCAGCCGGACACUGGCGCGCGAAAUGUCUCGUACGUCAAGCCAGAGUGUGGAGGAAGUGGAGGAGCAACUCUUGUCUGAGUUUCUAAUGAACCGUGUACUGGAGGUCGAUGACCUGGAAGAGCAGGAGGAACUGAUGGAAAGAGCAAGUCAGCUGUCAGCAUCCUCCUACCUGGGCGGCAAGGAACAACCAGAGGACCGGGUGGUGGAGUACGGUACAUCAUCUGGUGUGGAGUCCGGAACCCCCUCGCCCUCUGACCCCCAGAACAUCAUCAGGACUAUCUCCAACAGCUCUGUGGAGUCCGGUGGAUCCUCUGGAGUGUUGGUGAGGUUCGUGACUCGUGGCGACACCCUCUGCCAGUGUCGCGUGAAGCCCGCCAAGGCGAUCGUCGAGCUCUGCGAAGGCGUGGCCAACUCCAUCCAAUCGCGCGGCUUCCACCGCUUCACCAUCGUCCACACCGAUGGAACGUUCAUCCACGCCGACGCCACCGUGGGAGAGCAAGGGUCGAGGGUCAUAGGUCAGGAGCUGACGGUGGAAGUGGUGUCUGUGACAGGAGAGAACUGGCAGUGGUGCAUUAAUGAGCAGUGUAUCCUGGAGUACCAGGGGGAGGGGGAGAGGAUGUUCCCUAACUUUGAUUGAGGCCAUAUAUAUCAGGACACUCCAGCCAUCACUUAAUAGAGAUGCUGGACGAUAUAAAUUCCCUGGCACUUUUGAUCAAUUGCUUACAUGUAUGACACUUAUCAGUAAUUAAAGUCCCGUGUGAAUAAGAUCAUGACUGUGUUUGUAACUGUAACUCUCAAAUGGAAUAAUUUGAUUUGUGUGUGUGUGGUGUAUUUUAAUCAAAUGGUAAAUCAAAGUACUUAAGAAAUUUUAUUGAGGACAUUGAUGUAAGAAAUAUGAAUUUGUCUUAGUUGAUUAUAUAUAUUAUUGGUAUUGGAAAAAGGUAAAAAUAGAUGCUUUUAUUCAUAAAAUCCUAUAAUUUAAGCUGGUGGUGUGAAAUGUAAGAAUAUAAUCUACUACGUGUGUAAUGUGGUAAUAUCUACACCAUGUAAGUCAGAUAUUUUACUGAUUUUGUCUAGCA